GACUCAAUAACUUUUCAUGGUGGAAAGCAAGCUCUCCGUGGACUAUUCAUUAUAUCUCGUGACUGGAAGGGACCUUCUCCCCAAUGGCAAGGACUACUUGGAAUCCUUGGAAGAGUCUAUCCAGGGAGGUGUAACUUUGGUGCAAAUUCGCGAAAAGCACGCAGACACAGGAGAGUUCCUACAAAUCGCGAGAGCAUCCAAGGAGAUAUGCCGCAGGUACAACGUCCCAAUCCUCAUAAACGACCGUGUCGACAUUGCGCUUGCGAUCGGCGCAGAUGGCGUCCAUCUUGGCCAAACCGACAUGCCAGUAGACGUUGCCCGCAAGCUGCUGCCGUCGACUGCAAUCAUCGGUAUGACAUGCAACACCGUUGAGCAUGUCAAAAAAGCUGUCGAGGACGGCGUUGAUUAUGUCGGUAUCGGACCCGUGUGGGCCACACAGACCAAGAAACUCACUAGCCCGGCGGUUGGCGUACGCGGUCUAGGACCACUGCUGGAAGCUCUCGAGGGUACGGAUGUCAAGGCUGUGUCGAUCGCCGGCAUCAAGUCGACCAAUGCCCUCCACUGCCUGCAUGGCGCCGUGUCUAUUUAUGGCCGUAGUUUGGACGGCCUGGCUGUUGUCAGCGAUAUUGUCGCGUCCACAGAUCCCUACAAUGCGGCGAAGAAGAUCGCUGGAAUUGUGCAUGCCUUCAAGGCUAGUCCUCUCCCAUGCUUCUCCACCUUCCCGCCGUCCUAUGCGUCGGAGUCCGUGAAGCGUCAGGUCGGAGAGUUGCUAUCCGCGGUGAAACGGUUCUCUCCUCUCGUACAUCAGAUCACGAACACGGUUGUCACGACCCAAUCUGCCAAUGCGACUAUUGCUCUUGGAGCCUCCCCCAUUAUGGCUACCGCCCCGGAGGAGAUGGGAGACCUGGGCAAGGUCGCAGGAAGCCUGCUUGUGAACUUCGGAACGAUCCAGAACCUCGACGGCAUGCUCGUCGCAGGCUUCAAUUACAACCUGAAACGAAAGCCGGUAGUUUUCGACCCUGUCGGCAUCGGCGCCACGACCUACCGUCGGACCUCGGCCACAACACUUCUGAACGCCUGGCAAGCCACGGUCAUCAAGGGAAACUCCGGCGAGCUUGCCGCUCUCGCGAAUUCUCAAGAGGUGCAGGCAAAGGGCGUCGAUAGCGUGGGUCAAGGUUUUGCUGAUCCCGUUACCUUCGUACGCAAUCUUGCACGAAAAGAGCGCGCAAUCAUCGUCCUUACCGGCAUAACCGACUACGUAUCCGAUGGAACCACCGUGGUCCGAUUAUCCAAUGGCCACCCGUACCUUGGAGAGAUCACCGGUUCGGGUUGUAUGGUAGGCACGGCGGUCGCUACAUUCUGUGCUGGCGCCAACCUGGCGGAGGAGGCAAGGCGGUCAACGAACGCCGACACAGCCGGAGACGCGAAACUCGUCCGGGGGGACAUGCUCGUUGCCGCCGUCGGAGGGGUUCUUGCCAUCACCGUCGCAUCUGAACUGGCUGCGGCGCGGGCGGAUGUUCAAGGGAGCGGAACAUUCCUGCCCGCCCUCAUUGAUGAGCUUGGCGCGCUCACGCCCGAGAAGCUAGCAACCUACGGGAAGGUUGAUGUGAUGUGAAGGAGGUGGUAGCGAACAGAUAUUCGUCCCUACAGUACAUGCUCGACGGUUCGACUUACGAAGACUGAGGCGAUUCAACACGUGUUCAACGCAGCCCAUAUGUAUUCAGUAUGUAAUCUCCUACAAAUGACGAAUUUAAGCACC